AUGAAUGGAUUCAUAGAGAGACGAGAUGAACGCCGGCGGCGCGCUGCGGAGGCGCGCGCGGCCGGGGCGCACUCCGGGGAGGAGUCGGGCUGCGGUUCUCCAGCGGUGGCGUCGUCGCGAGCCCCUUUCUCGAGUGGAUCUGCAUCGCCGGCGGAGUCUCCGCGCCCGUUUUUCUUUUCAGACUCGUCCGCGGAGGCGCUGUCUUGGUGUCGCGAGCGCGCGGCGGCGCUUCGCGCGGAGGCCGCGGAAAGCCGCGACAAGGCGAGCUGCCUGUGCGCGGAGCCGCAGCGGUCGCGCCUCCUGUCCCUCGCGGAGAUACAGGAGACCCAGGCACAGGCGCUGCUCGCGGCAGCCGAGGCCGCCGAGCGCGAGGCGUCUCUCAGCGCGCCCAGAGUCAGUCCGCGCGCGCGCGGAGACGCCCCAGAGGCGAGUCGCAGCGACGAGGGCGGCCGCCGCCUGCAACCCGCCAACAAGAACUGUAGGCCGCUCGGCGCGCUGCCGCAGCUCGGCUCGUCCGCGCUCGCGUCUUCUCCGCGAAGCCUUCAACUCCUCCCAGCGAGGCUCGCGUACCCCGCGCACGCUUUGCGCGAGGAAGACCUCGCUGGCGGUCGCCGCUCGAGAGAGGGACUCGAGGGCCUUCAAUUGCCAUUGGAGCGAAGACUGCCCGCCGCGGCGAUGAGGCCAGGGGUGGAGGCAGAAGGCUUUCUGGCCUCUCCGCCCGGUGCAGACGGGCGACCGCACCAGACGCAGGUCGCUGCGGAACCGUUUUCUCCCUCCGGGCGACGCGGAGUCGCGCACGGCUGCGGCGAGGGACUCACAGCCAACGGCAGCUGCGACAUGGGAGCUGGCGAGCCUUCUCCGUUCGACCCGCCGUGGGUACGGCGCGCGCACGCGCUGCGUCGGGAGGCGGCUGAGCAGCGCGACCGCGCAGGGUGCGUGCGAGGCCCGCGGCAGCGCGGCCUGUUACUGGUUGCUGAAAAGAAGGAACGCGAGGCAGAGGAACUUCUUCUGCACCGGGGCUGCGAGCCGCCCGCGAGUCCCUCGCAGCGACCCGCCUCGUCGUUCGCAGCCUUCAACGCCGCCUGGGAGGCUGCGGAAGCGGCGGUCGCUCGCCCGCCCGUGGAUGCGCUGCUCGACGCGCCGCACGGGCGCCUCUCGCCGUCGGGCGUGCGCGCGAGAGCAGAGGGUCUCUGGUGCUCUCGCCAAGUGGACGCCGCGAGCAGGCGCGGAGACCGCGGGGCGUCGCCCUCUGGAGUCGGGGGCGAGAGGAAGCCUGCGGCGGAGAGCGGCGGCGAGAGCCGGCGCAGCGCCCGCGUCCGCGAGCUGCAGGAAGAAGCUGCCGUCGCGCGGGACAAGGCGGCGCUUGUCCGCGGCGCCAGGCGGCGUGCGCUUCUCACGGUCGCCGAGCGGAAGGAGCAGCAGGCAGAGCUCCUGUCGGACGCGGCCAGCGACGACGGGGCGACAGACCCCCACGGCGGCGGCGGCCUGCGAGGAGACCCCCGCGCGCCUCUGGCAGCGACUACCGCGGACUCGGCGCCCUGGAUGCGAGAGGAGACGCGUGAGACGGGGCGGGGUAGACGGCGGUCUGCGGAUGUGCACGUCGCAGCUGACGCCGCCGUCACGCGAAAGAAUCGCGCCGCCGGAGACGCGGCCUGGGGCGACGCGCGACCCUGCGGCAGCCGAGAGGAAGACCGAUUCAUCAACGGACUACUCUCGCCGCGGGCGCUGGCGACGCUGCCGCCGCGCGUCUACGCAGAAGUCCAGCGGCUGCAGCGCGAGGCGGAAGUCAUCCGCGACAAGGCGUCCUGCUGCACAGGGGCGAAGGCUCGCCAGCUGCGGUCGAUGGCGGACAUCAAGGAGCGCCAGGCGGAGGAACUCGUACAUCCGCCUCGCCGCGGCUCGCCGCCCCAUGCCACGGGGGGCGGGCCUGGAGCGCGAGACGCCCUCGGCGACGGCGCUGCCGCCUCAGCCGCGCGCACAGCCUCCCACGCGCCGCCGUUCGUCUCGGCGACGCAUCAAGAACGAGCGCGGCUGACCUCGCAAGCCUCCAGCCUCCGCUUGACGACCGAGGAGGCCCAGGGGCUGCCUGGGCGCCCGCGUGCGGGCCUCGGUGGCACCGGCGAGCCCUCGCGGGUCCUGACGACACUCUCGGUGUCUCCGCCGGCAUUCGAGGCGCCCGACGGCGACCAGGCGAACGCCUUCCGCGACGGCGCCGAAAACCGGGAAGCGACGAUGCGCGACGCGGACGACGACGCGGACCAUCCGCUGGCGCACUGCGAGGACUGGCGGCGCUCGCGGCAGCUGUUCCGCGAGGUGCGACAGCACCGGGAGCAGGCGUCCUGCGUGGCGCGGAGUCGCCAGCGUCUGCUGCUUUCGAUGGCGGCAGCGAAGGAAAGGCUGGCGGAGGAGCUGAAGGCCAAGGCCGAGGCGUCGCUGCCGCCAGCGCUCCGCACGAAGCUGCAGCGCGGCGGCGGCGACCGCUACAGCGCUUUCGCGGCGAGCGGGCAAGACACGCUGCUCCUGCCGCCGCCGCCAUCCACCUUCCCGACUGGGGACGCAGGCCUCCCGGGGGUCGCGGGCGGGUCGCCGCCGCUGUCAGCUCGUGCUUUGCUGCGCGACGAAGACCCGCAGAGUCCGCCCUACGUCGUGGCUCUCAGGCGCGCCUCGGGGUCGCAGACGCAGGCGCCGCCCGCCGAGCGCGUCAAAGUCGAGGAGGGGGAGCCGCGGAGGCCCUCGCUCGGCGAGCUGAAGCGGCAGUAUGACCUACUUCAGGAGCAGCUUCACCUCGUCCAGGAGCAGCUGCAGCUGUAUCACGAGCGCGAGGCACACGAAGAGCAGCAGCGACGCCUGGAGGCGAUCCAGCAGAUCGAACGCGAAGAAACGGAAGCCGCCCAACACCUCGCCACCGAAAUGGACGCCGAGUUUGAAUUCCAAAAAAGAUGA